AUACUUUAGGUCAAGGUCAUUUUAUAACGUGUUGGCCAACAUGUUUAGGAGGAGUGCUAGAAUACUGGGAGUUUUAUCUAGAGCUCCUUUUGACACUGUUGGGGCACCAUGUAAACAAGCUAUACGAACAGUUUCAAGAAGACAUACGGAUACUAUUUUGAGACAAUUUAGCGUUUCUACAGUUGUUUUACAGAACUGGAAGAAGAAGGAAACGGUGACCAUCCAUUUUGUUUUGCAAGAUGGAACUAAAGAAUCCGUCCAGGCAAAUAUUGGAGACAAUUUGUUAGAUGUGGUGUUAGAUAAUGAUGUUGAUAUAGAUGGGUUUGGUGCCUGUGAAGGAACCCUGGCCUGCUCCACAUGCCAUUUAAUUUUCAAGAAAGAGGAUUAUGAUCAACUACCUGAGGAACCUACUGAUGAAGAACUAGACAUGCUGGACUUGGCGUAUGGAUUAACUGAUACAUCAAGGCUAGGCUGCCAGGUUAUAGUAACAAAGGACAUGGAUGGACUGGAAGUCAGCGUCCCUUCAGGGGUAGCAGAUGCAAGGUCUUGAUGAUGUAUUCUUUAAUUAGGCACUAGUCAACACCUGCAGAAUUGUCACAUAUAUAAACCAUGAAUAUUUAUAGGACUCGUGUACAUUGCUUUUAAGUGUAUCUGACUACUUUGGCAUAAAAGAAAAACAUGUUUAAGAGAGCAUUACUAAGGUUUCCUGACAUGUAAAUUGUCUUCUUAUACAGUAUUUAUACUUGCAUGCAAUAAAGAGACACAUUUUGGUCAACUCAUGGUCAGGUAAAGAUAUGUCAAUAGUAGGCCGAGGAUAACCUAGGCUCCUCAGGGAGGGACACAUUGGGAAUCAUUUGCUCCCAGGCAGGUCAGAAAUAUGACUUCCUUCAAAUGGUAUUGAAAUACCUGUAAUAUACAGUUAUUAUGAAGGCUGACAUUUCUUAAGCUUACUGUUUAUCAACUCUGCUCAAAAUGAGGAUGUUAUCUAGCCACAAAAACUUCCAGAUUAAAUUUUACCUCAGAAUUAUAUAUAGAUGUAUUGUAGAAGGUUUUAUAUGUAAUGUAUAAUGUCCGAUGUUAGUUGCACUGCAGAAUGCAAAUGUUUCUUAUAUUUAUAACAUGAUAAAGAGACCAGUAGGCUAAUGUAAUAAUACAUCCUAUUCUUUAUUUGGAUUCUGUAAUAUAUUUUCUUUGUUUUCAUUCAUAAUUAUCAAUAUAUACUGAACAUGUCACAAGCAAUAAUAUGGAACUUGUUAAAUGUGAUACUUAGAUUAAUGAGCAUUAUUUAAUAAGACUUGAUGGUAAGCUCGGAAUGGUUAACAUCUGACUGACUAAUCCAUGUAAACAGUCAAACAUAAAAUUUUACUUUCCUGGAAAAAGGACUAGGUUAAAAAUUAAAGAUGCCCUUAUGAUUGUUUUCUGUAUUUAAUCUUCACUUGGGAGUAUGGAAUGUAGUUAGUACAAACAGCAUUCAUUUGGUGGUUAGUUCUGUUAGGAAUUGCUUUAAUGUGAGUAUAGAAAAAAAUUGAUGUGUUCAAGGCUAAAAUUGUCCCAUGUUAGAUUUGAUUUCUCAUAGACUUAAAGAUGUUUUAAAGUAUAAAAUAAUUUAUACUGAAA